AGCAAAGCAAGGCACAGAUAUAGAGGAAAGUCAGCAGUGUACAGGUAGUUGUACCUUUCACUGGACAAACAAACCAGACUAGGGCCAUUUUUCUGCUUUGGGAGCCACAUGAGCUCCUUGUGCACGUAUGAUUAUUGACAUCACUUGUCUGAAAAAAAAGCUAACAGAGUUACAGAGGAAACACAGGAGGGGAGACAUCAGACACAGCUAGCAAACGGAAGCAGAGACAAACUAGAGACGGUGAGGAGAAGGGUGCAGAACCGCAACAUAAAGAGAACAAAAUACACUUAGUAAAAAGUCAGUGAAGGUGGAGAAUGGAUCCCCCAAUCCUGCCGUGUGUCCUGUACCUCAUGCUGUAUAUGGGUUCGGUGUCUAUGGAAGAAGAUGAUUCUCCAUUCCAAGUGAGUAUCUCAGGAAGGUCAGUCAAGAUAACUUGUCCUGACAACAAUGGAUAUUUUUUAACGGAUAACAAUGGAAAGAGUUAUAGCAAUAAAGAAAGUUUCUUGAGUUUUGAGAAUUAUGAUGACAUGAGUAAUGGGAUUUACUCAUGCGAAGCCAAUGGAAUAAAAAGGAAUUUCUACAUAAAGGCUCAAGUGUGUGACACCUGCACAGAAGUCUCAAUUCCAGUGGUAGUUGGAGUGCUAUGUGCUGACUGCUUGGUCACACUUGGAGUGGCCCUUAUUGUCUAUUUUGGCUGCAAGCAACACAGUGGACAAAAAAGAGAUGGAGGAAUGGCAAAUGGCGCAAGACAGAGAGGGAAACCGGAAGGCCCACCUCCUGUUCCCAACCCUGACUAUGAGCCAAUCCGCAAAGGACAACGUGAUGAAUAUGACAGAUUGGGCCCACGUUUCAAAUGACCUGGAUUUUUUUGCCACAUGAAACGUUGUGCUCUUUAUUUUUGUGUGCUGUUAUUUUCCUCUUUUGUAUAAAAUAUUUAAUGGAUUAAAGGGUCAUUCCCACUGGAAGUCAAGUGACUGACACACAUAAGUGAUGAACAUUAAAUUCAGAGCUCACAUUUCAAAUGACCUGGAUUUGUCUGCUUCGUGAGUUGUUAGCGCCUCUAUUCCCUAUGCUAUUUUUAAUAAUGUCAUCCUCUUAGUGUUAAUAAAAUAUAUUUUCUAAACAUACAGAAGAA